UCACCGAGUCCAUCGAAACGCACCCCCAUCGACGUGGUAUCCGGCUAUCCGCGCCGUCCACCAGGCCAACCCACCCUAACUCCGAUCUCAUCGACGAUCGGCGAUCGACUGCACACCCAAGCCCCACCGGCCGCUGUAUCCCCUCCCCCGCCGUCUCCGCUCCCAUGGCCGGCCAGCCCCGCGACCGGGGGUCCCGCGCCUCGCGCAAGGGCCGCCCCGUCCGCACUCCCUCGGGCCCGCUCGCCUCUCAGUCCGCCUCCGAUCCCGAUCCGUCCGCACCGUCCGCCGAUGGCGCGGCUCCAUGGGGCCGCGCCACGAUGGACGAACUGGAGGACCGCCUGCUCAAGAAGCUGGAGGAGGCCUAUGCGGCGGCGCUGGCCCGCCUCGCCGACCUCGGUUACGCGGAGGAGGCCGCGCUCCGCGCCGUCCUUCGCGCGGGCCACUGCUAUGGCAAGCUUGACGACCCUGUCGCUAAUAUCGUCGCCAACGCCCGCGCCUUCCUCUCCGAUCCCGACCUCGCCGGGGGAGCCGGCGGGUUCGCCGACCUCCGCCGCCUCGAGGAGUACUCCCUAGCGGGGCUCGUCUGUCUCCUUCAGAGCAGCCGCCCCACCCUGUCCCGCACUGAGGCCAUGUGGUGCCUCCUGUCUACCGACCUCCACCUAGAGGAGGCCAUCUCAAAGGGCGCCUCCUUCACCGAUGAUAAGUCUUCCUCUAGCUUCACACCUGCCGAGAGUGGCGACCUUUGCCCCACCCUCCCCGCUUCUAGGCAGCUUGGCUACUGCCACUACCAUGCGACCACUGUCGCUGCUACCCCAGAAAACCACCUGUUCGACCCUGAGACCUUCAUGCGUCUUGCAAUGCGCCCGGUCGCUGACUGUGCGACCGGCGCAGCUGGCGUGGUCUCCUGCAUCAAGUCCACGUGGUCACGGUCCAGUGGCUCGGUCCCAGAUGGACAGCCCAAGCAGUCCUUUGCUAUGAAGGUGUCCACAGAGGAUCUCAUAGAGUCUGUGGUGAUGGAGCUUGAGUCGCUGGACAUUGACAAGAAGGAUCCACCUGCUGAAAAGCCUGAUCCCAAGAAUGAGAUGGUGCAUGACCUCAUUAAACAGACAAGGGAGAUGGAGGUGCUGCUCAACGAGCGCAAGGAGUGGGCACAGAAGAAGGCAGUACAGGCUGCUCGCAAGCUUGGCAAUGAUCUCACUGAGCUACGACUGCUGCGGAUGGAGCAUGAUGAUAACCAGCGGCGGAAGAAGGACAAGCAGGCAAUGGAGGAUGAGACAAUGAAGCGCCUCACUCAUCUGGAGAAUGAGCUGAAGAAGAAGAGUGGACAACUUGACCGAAGUAAUGCAACUGUGCAGAAGCUGGAAAUGGAGAAUGCAGAAAUACGUGCUGAGAUGGAAGCUGCAAAGCUGAGUGCAUCUGAGACUGAACGGCAAUGCCAAAUGCUGCUAAAGAAAGACAAGAAAGAUAGCAAAAAGCUUGAGCUAUGGGAGCGCCAAAAAGCAAAGCUCCAGGAGGAGAUCUCUGAAUGCAAGGCAAAGAUUACACAGGCAGACAAGGAGCUUGCUGCAACCAACAAGUCAAUAAAAAAUAUGGAGAUCAAAAUACGAGAAGAUGCCAAAACAACUGAAGAAAACUUGUCACUUGCAGAGCAGGAACGUGGGAAGCGGGAAUCGGCCAAAGCUGACGCUGAUCGCCGACUUGAAGAAAUUCGCCAGAAGACAGAAGUUGAGUCUCAGUGCUAUAAAGAUGACCUCCGAAGGCUCCAGGAUGAAUUGUCCCGUCUGCAGAAGUCAAUGGGCGCACCAAUGGUUCCAUCAACUCAACCUCGCGCUAUGACUGAUCGUAGUGCAGUGCGGGCACCCAAGCAGCCCAACCAGAGGUCACCACUCGCAUCCAACAAGCCGCAGGAGCCUACCCAGAAGACAGGCCGUCGAAGAGACUGUGUGAUCUGCAGGAGGGAGGAGGCGUGUGUCAUCCUGCUCCAGUGUGCUCACCAGGUCCUGUGCGUCAGCUGCAACAAGCUGCAUGAGGAGAAAGGGGGUCGCUGCCCCAGCUGCAACACCAAGAUCGAGGAGAGGAUUAGGGUUUUCGGUGCCACCUCCAACUGAGGCACCUGGUGGUGGUGGUGGUGCUGCUGCUGCGACUUGGCUUCUGUUGGGGCAAAGAAAACUAAACUUGUGGCUGCCUUUGCCUUUUCCUUUUAUCUCAAUUACUGUGAAGAAAGUGUUGUAGGUCUCUCCAUCUGAUAAGUUAUACCUUGGUUCAGCUGUUCAUGGGCUAUAUGCUAUGCUGAAUAGCAGCUCCGUCUUGGUAUAUGCGUACAUUCAAAACUUUUUUGGUCGGAAAAACUGAACAGGAACGGAGAAACCCCUUCGGGAUAUAUAAGUUGAUUGAACUUCAUAGGAA